CGUUCUGCAUCACACUCCUUCGCUUCCGACAUCCUCAACACUCCGUACCAGCCUCUCACUAUGGACCGACUUGCACGCUUCUCGCACGAUCAGCUGAUAUCGACGAUUUGUGAUCUUCAAGGCCACGUCUGUCGCCUUCAGCAAGCGCUCAGGGAGACUGAAGCUCUUCGCCAGAGUGCCGAUGCACAUUGCACACUCUCACGUCUUGCACUGGAAGAAGAGAAGACCAGGCUCGCGAACGCCAGCAAGAAACAAGCACGGGGAUCUGCAAAAAUCAAGGCUCGGAUUGUUGCUGCACCGGAGCUUCAGGCACAUUUCGAGGAGCAACAACGUGCCGCCGCUGCAAAGGAGAGAGAGGCUCGAGAGAAGGAGCAGGCAAAGUCCGUUCAGAAUGCGGAACGCGACGCACGCCUUGUCUACGCAGCUACGUCAAAAGUUUACGACCAUUCAUUGAGCACUUACACCAAAAGGAAGGACGAUCUAGUCGGGCUUGCACGAGCAUUGAAGAUCAACGACGACGGUGCCAACCCCGUGUUACUCGCCAGGAUCCGCGACCACCUCAAUGCACACCCUGAAUUAGCUUCCAAUCCUCGCUUUUUUGGACUCUUCCGCUCUUCACGACAAGCUGGCCAUCCAGUUUCCGCCCCACAAGAGUCCUCGCAAGUGCUUCCUACCUGACUCAGAUAAGCUCAUGUAAACCCUUCGC